CUUCAGCUUCAGACAUGAAUGGAGAGCAUAGAGGCAGAGGUUUUGGACGAGGACGAUUUCAAAGCUGGAAAAGAGGAAGUGGUAGGAACUUUUCAGGAAAAUGGAGAGAAAGAGAACAUAGACCUAACUUGAGUAAAACUGCAGGAAAACAUAAUUCUGGACAAACCCCACAGUCUUUGCUACUUCAGUCAACAUUGGAUAAGUUCAUACCAUAUAAAGGCUGGAAGCUUUAUUUCUCUGAAGUUUACAGUGAUAGUUCUCCUUUCAUUGAGAAGAUUCAAGCAUUUGAAAAAUUUUUCACAAGGCAUAUUGAUUUAUAUGACAAGGAUGAAAUAGAAAGAAAGGGAAGUAUUUUGGUGGAUUUUAAAGAACUGACAAAAGACAAUGAAAUAACUAACUUGAUCCCAAGUAUAGCAAGUGAACUAAGAGAUGCUCCUGAGGAAACGUUGUCAUGCAUGGGUUUGGCAAUACAUCAGGUAUUAACUAAGGAUCUUGAAAGGCAUGCAGCUGAAUUACAAGCCCAAGAAGGAUUAUCUAGUGAUGGAGAAACAAUGGUAAAUGUGCCACACAUUCAUGCAAGGGUGUACAACUAUGAGCCUUUGACACAGCUCAAAAAUGUCCGAGCCAAUUACUAUGGAAAAUACAUUGCUCUAAGAGGGACAGUGGUUCGUGUCAGUAAUAUAAAGCCUCUUUGCACCAAGAUGGGUUUUCUUUGUUCUGCGUGUGGAGAAGUUCAGAGUGUUUCUCUUCCAGAUGGAAAAUACACUCUCCCAACGAAGUGUCCUGUGCCUGCAUGUCGGGGGAGAUCCUUCACUGCUCUCCGCAGCUCUCCUCUCACGGUUACGCUGGACUGGCAGUCGAUUAAGAUCCAAGAGAUGAUGUCUGAUGAUCAACGAGAAGCAGGUCGAAUUCCACGAACAAUAGAAUGUGAACUUGUACACGAUCUUGUGGAUAGCUGUGUCCCAGGGGACACAGUGACUAUUAAUGGAAUUGUCAAAGUCUCAAAUGCUGAAGAAGGUUCUCGAAAUAAGAAUGACAAGUGCAUGUUCCUUUUGUACAUUGAAGCAAAUUCUAUUUGCAAUAGCAAAGGACAGAAAGCAAAGGCUUCUGAGGAUGGGUGUAAGCACGAAACAUUGAUGGAGUUUUCCCUUAAAGACCUCUAUGCCAUCCAGGAAAUUCAGGCUGAAGAAAACCUGUUUAAACUCAUUGUCAACUCACUUUGCCCUGUCAUUUUUGGUCAUGAACUUGUUAAAGCAGGUUUGGCUCUAGCACUCUUUGGAGGAAGUCAUAAAUAUGCAGAUGACAAAAACAGAAUUCCGAUUCGAGGAGACCCACACAUCCUUGUUGUCGGAGAUCCAGGCUUAGGAAAGAGUCAGAUGCUGCAGGCAGUAUGCAAUGUCGCUCCACGUGGUGUGUACGUUUGUGGUAAUACCACGACCACCUCUGGCCUGACUGUCACUCUUUCAAAAGAUAGUUCCUCUGGAGAUUUUGCUUUGGAAGCUGGUGCCCUGGUACUUGGUGAUCAAGGUAUUUGUGGAAUAGAUGAAUUUGAUAAGAUGGGGAAUCAACAUCAAGCUUUGUUAGAAGCCAUGGAACAGCAAAGCAUUAGUCUUGCUAAGGCUGGUGUGGUGUGCAGCCUUCCUGCAAGAACUUCCAUCAUUGCAGCUGCAAAUCCAGUGGGAGGACACUAUAAUAAAGCGAAAACAGUUUCUGAGAAUUUGAAAAUGGGGAGUGCCCUACUAUCGAGAUUUGAUUUGGUCUUCAUUUUGUUGGACACCCCAAAUGAGCAUCAUGAUCAUCUCCUCUCUGAACAUGUGAUUGCAAUAAGAGCUGGAAAGCAGAGAACUGUGAGCAGUGCUACAGUAGCUCGUGUGAGCAGUCAAGAAUCCAGUACUUCUAUACUUGAAGUGAUUUCUGAGAAGCCAUUAUCAGAAAGACUAAAGGUGGUUCCUGGAGAAAUAAUAGAUCCCAUUCCCCACCAGCUGCUGAGAAAGUACAUUGGCUAUGCGCGGCAGUAUGUCUACCCAAGGCUAUCCACGGAAGCUGCACAAGUUCUUCAAGACUUUUACCUGGAGCUCCGGAAACAGAGUCAACGGUUAAACAGCUCCCCAAUCACCACUAGGCAGCUAGAAUCUUUGAUUCGGCUAACAGAGGCACGAGCAAGGUUGGAAUUGAGAGAGGAAGCAACAAAAGAAGAUGCCGAGGAUAUAGUUGAAAUUAUGAAAUAUAGCAUGCUAGGAACUUACUCUGAUGAAUUUGGGAACCUAGAUUUUGAGCGAUCCCAGCAUGGUUCUGGAAUGAGCAACAGGUCAGCGGCCAAAAGAUUUAUUUCUGCUCUCAACAACAUUGCUGAAAGAACUUAUAAUAAUUUAUUUCAACUUCAUCAACUUCGGCAGAUUGCCAAAGAGCUGAACAUUCAGGUUGCUGAUUUUGAAAACUUCAUUGGAUCACUAAAUGACCAAGGUUACCUCCUGAAAAAAGGCCCAAAGCUUUUCCAGCUUCAAACUAUGUAAAAGGAUUUUGCCAAGUCAGGGUCUCCUGGGUUUAUCAGUAGUUUAAAGCCAUCACAAGAAUGAAGAUAUGUUUGCAAGCACA